UUUGAUCAAACAAGUAAUCAUGAUUUUUUCUCAUUUGCUGAAGUUGAUUGUAUUCAGGCUGUUCAGACUAAAAGCAAUGAACAGGAAUGCGACAACGAAGAUCAUUAUGUAGAAAUUGAUGUUUUGACAAGUGUUAGCCAAAACGAUUGCAGCUACAUUGAGGAUACGAGGCAGUAUUACAGACAGCAACCGCAAGAGUGCGUUGUAAAAAAAUGCGAACAUGAUUGUCAAUCGUCCCCAGCAUCCAUUUCUUCGGCCGCCUCUUCUGUUACGUCAUCGUGGUCCUCAUGCACACAUAACAAUAAACAACAUCGUUUACUCGGACUUUCAGCGAUGCAGUGCAGUAAUCUCUAUCAUCAAGUCCAUUCUCACCAUCAUGAACGUCCUCAGCUAUCACAACCACAACAGGAUCAACAGCAACACCAAAAGUAUUAUAAUUUCUUAAAUAGCUCGUUGAAAAAUUCCAAUAUUUUGCGUAAUACUCAGAAACAAUAUCGGCGUAAGUUAUUUGCUUUAAACUUUAUGUUAAAAAAUUUUAUAACCUAUCGCUUUAAAUAUGACGUACUUUAGCAGGUCUUUAAAUUAAGAUGUAUAUAAUAAUUGUUAGAAGCUGCAAUUAGAGUAAGUGGAAGUUAACGAGGAGAAGGUGAGAGUUGAUUGCAGGGAGGAAGACUUGCAAUAUUUAGGUCCUUUCUUAAUUUUAUUAUCAUAUUUAUCUUGAUGGAUGAUUAAGAUUUUCCUUUAUUACGAUAAAGUUUUUGAUUCAUCGAUAAUUUAAUGCGCUUGACUUUGCUCGGCGAUGUGGGGUGAAAUUCCAAAUUGGUUGUAUUUGAAAUACUUACGUCCAGACUUUUACAAAGGCAAAUGUAGAAGACGCAAAUUUUUAUACGUUAUACCAUAAAUUUAAAUCCUUUAAUUCUCGAAAAUUUUUUAUUUGAAAAUAUUGUUUGAUUUAAAACUAGCUUUUCAGUCGAUCUGCUUUUGUUAAGAAUCUUCAGGUAUCAAUCUCUGUUGAGUGUACACUCAUACUUUUGUGAUUUCUCCCCCACACGUAGUUCUAUACUUUGUUUAAGAUUUCGCAGACAUGAUCUCUUCGUUUCAUGGCACUUAACAGAUUCGACUUCAUGUGCCUGCACUAAUCGAUGGAUUUUAAUGGUCUUUCCGAUAUGUGUGCCUUGCAGGAAUGCUCGGUCUUAGCUGCUUCGGUCGAUGAAAUGCUGUAAACGUGCCAGUCUCUUAGGGGUCAUUUAGCCGCUCUCCCGUAUGCUAGUUAUGUUCUUACGAAAUAAUGUAUAAAAUCACGUUGAUCGCUGUCUUGCAAAUUUGUUCCAACUUUGUUGGUUGAAGUUGUCUGGCAUGAUUUUGUCGUUGUGUCAAUUCGGGUUAUUAGGACAAAUGUAGUCCCCAUUUUCAGCGUUAGGCAUUCAAGUUCUGGUUUUGUAAUGCUUGCUCGCGCUCUUCCGGGUAUGCCUUGACUAACUACUACAGGGCUUUUUCUUUUGGCUGUGUACGCAAAUGUAUACAUGCCCUUGAAAUGCCCUGAUGCAAUGUGCAAGAUAACUUUGGUUGCUGCUCUUAAGUCAGAUAGACCGACGACUGUGAAAUAACUACAUUGGUUUUAGAAUCUUAUCUGUGAUAAAUAUUCUCCUCAAAUAGCGUGUCGGGCUUUGAAACAUUGGGUGAUAAUAAUCUUUGUUAUACAAUUGGUUUUCUCCAGGAGCUUUUAUCUUGUGUACGAAAUUCUUCCCCUAAUCAAAAAGCAAUUUCCAGAAUAUAUUUCAUAUCGCAUUGUAUCUAUCCUCAGCGCUAAUUCAUUAACACGAUUAUAUACGAAAAAGUUGACUCUUACUUAAUCUUAAUUUUUCCUCUACCUUUGUUCAUUACAUGCAGUAUGACGGACUUGUCUGGAGUCUGUAAUUUUUAUAUUCAAGCUUUUUCAACCGGGAAAAUCAAUUGACGGCGAACGCGAUGUCUACUUGCGUUAAAGAUCCAGCCUAAAAAUAAAAAUUGAAAAAUGAUCAUUUCUUUCUACGGUUGGUUGGUUUACUAUUGUGAUUUCGUUCAGUCGACUAAUUCAACUUCGGAUAAGAAUUCACCAAAGAUAGAAAGAAUUUAUUGCAAAACGAGCAGAGAUUUUUCUCACAUUAACCUGAAACGUGUGAGAUCAAAAUCUCUUAAUUACGACUACUUUGUUUCCGACCAUUGUGACUAGCUUAAGAGUUUUAAUUUCAGUCUUGAUUUGGGUUGUAUCACGUAGCGUCACAGUAGCGUUUUCCGUUUUAUUUUGCUGUUGAGACUUGAACACAAAUUGUAAUGGAUAGACAUCAGACGGAUAGUCGGACAGAGCGCAAUAGAUCGUGAUUAGGACGAACACUAUUGAAAAUGGUUCUGAUCGGUGCAUUUUUUCGACCACUCCCCCAUAUAACGCCUUAUUCUGAAAAUUCGUUGUAUGGAAAAAAAUUGCAAAUUUUAAAAUUUCUCGUCAAAAGCCGCUAGGUAAUAGUAUUUCGCUAUUCUAAAUUGGUAUGCAAACUUUGCACCGGCUAGAGCAAUUUUUGAACCUCCUCUCAUAUAGCGAAAACUGAAGUUCGCACGGCAAAAAGAUACAAUUUUCGUCAUGAAGCGUUGCAAUUAAAUAGCAAUUUAAGACAAAAAAUUAACUGUAGCAAAUUUCGACCAUCUCGGCCUAUUUUUUGGAUUCUACCUUAAUAAGGAAGCUCAUAUAAAAAGUUUUUGCGGUUUUUUUCGCGGCAUAGUGUUAAUGCCUAUAUAUCGGGAAAUACUCAUCUGGUUGUCUCAAACAAACAUGUGCUCAAAAGUUCACAUUUCAGCUUACAUUUCUUGUGAAGAUAGUUUUAUAAUUCUUUGCUCGUUUAAAAAGAUUUAUUGAUUUGAAAAU